CGUCCUUUUAUUUGCAAUAAAAAGCGAAAACACAAACAAAAUAGACUCAGUUCCCCGCCACUGCCGCUGCCUCUGCCUCUGCCUCUGCCUCUGCCUCGCGUCCCUGCUAGUACUGUGCCUAACCGCCCGUUGCCGCCUCCGCUGUUAUAUUCCGCCGUGGCAGCUGCUUCUUGGUGCUGUGUUCUUUCUCUCAGGUAAAUUAUGUUUUUGGGACGAAAGAGGAAGGCUACAGAUUCUUCCGAAUGGGAAAGGGAUGUAGAGAGAGAUGGCAUGUUUUACCCCUUGGACAUUGAUACAAAGAUGGCGGCUUUGAAAGCUUCUGCAUCUGUUGUCAGUAUUACAUCUUAUUUGGGUGAGAAUGAGUUAUGUCAUAGCUCUGGAAUUAUCAUUGAAUGUAAUGAUAAUUGUGGUAUUAUACUGACCUCUCUCAAUCUCGUUAAGUGUCACAACAUUCAAGAUUUUAUAGUAGAUGAGAUUACGGUUGUUGUGCACCUAUCAGAGCAUACGUCAAUUGAUGCUAAAUUAAUAGCAUGGGAUUAUCAUUACAACUUAGCUGCUCUAAAAAUAUUGUGUGAUACUCCAUUAGAAGUUGCAUCUUUGGCGUUGUUGGAUGAUUCUUUAACAAUUGAUCCAAGCUGUCUUUGCACUCCAUUUCAGCAUAUAGAGUCAUAUAAUCUUAUUCCUGGAAAUGCAGUAAUUGCUCUUGCCCGCUCUUCUGCUAAGCCUUUUAAGCUCAUGGCUGCACCUGGUGAAUUCAGUCUCAAUGCCUGCCGAUAUGACUGUAAAGAGCUUUUAAGGGCAACCAGCAAAAUUUCCAAAUGUGGCAUUGGUGGCCCGGUUAUCAAUAUCAAUGGAGAUGUCAUUGGAAUUUGUUUCUAUCACCAGUUGUACACUCCAUUUUUGCCAAUUAAAAUAGCUUCCAUAUGGUGGGACCAUUUCAAAAAAUACGGGGAACCACGUCGACCUUGGCUUGGCAUGGGAGUGGCUAAUCUUUAUGUAGCUGACCUAGGUUUUUUGGAAAAAUUCAUUAAAAAGUUCCCGAAUAUUUUCAAAGGUGUUAUUGUUGAGGAGGUUUUACAAGGCUCUUCUGCUGAUUCUGUUGGAAUAAGACAAGAUGAUGUUAUCGUUCAAUUUGAUGGGAAAACCGUUCAAAGUUUUUUGGAGUUAUUUGAAAGUAUGUGGAGCAAGGUCGGGGACCAUGUGGAGCUGGUGGUCAUUAGAGCAGGUAAUGAUGGUCCUUUGCUUCUUAAAAUGAAGGUGGAUGAGGUCACAGCAGAUAGAUUGUAUAGUUGGCCGCUUUGGCGAGAUGCACAAUGAAUGAUGGACUACUGCUAAUUUUGGGGGUCGGCCUGUCAAAGGAUAUUGUGUUCGGCCUGUCAUGGUCCAGCAAUUUUUGAGUCUGGGAAUCAUUUUUGUUAAAUAGUCCGUAUAGGGUUGCAAUUCGAUAAUCCCCACAAAAGCAAUUUAACUUAACUUUUGAGAAUCAUUUUUGGUAGUAAAUAGUUUUGCAUAGGGUUGCAAUUCAUGAUUCCCACAGUUUUUGGUGGCUUUAUUAUUUAUCUUGUAACCAUACUUUUGAAAACCUGCUGACUGGUAAUUUCAGUUUUUCUAUCAA